AUGCCGACAUCGAAGCCUAACGCCAUACGAGUGAAGCUGGAAGUCCUGGAAGUCCUCCUCCAAAGCCACGGAGAGCCGAAAGCCAGCACCGCUGAAAGGUCGGACGCUCUCGAGGACAGCAAAGCGAUCGUCACGGAGCUCAUUGCGUGCCGCGAAGUCGUCAAAACCAUGAAACCAUGGGCACGUCAAAUCGCCCGCACUAUCGAAUCCGAGUUGGACCCCAUCGUCGAAUCGACCUUGUUAUCCGACAAAGUAAAGGUCGAAAUCAGCAAUUUCAUCGCCCGCGUUGAGGCUGUCGUUGAGGAAUUUCCAUUGGCGGAUUUAAUCAAAGAGUAUGAGGCACGAAUUUAG